AUGUCCCCAGAAAUAGGCUGUGAGAUAAAGACCCUGAGGGUGCUUUCACCUAUCCCACCACUCGACAUUUCGGCUAAGCGAAGCACCCAGGCUCCCUUUGCAGCCAUCAGAAAGACUUUCAGCUCCUCUUCUGCCGUUAUGCCUGUCAACCAAAGCAGCUUCAGCUCCAUGUCCACGUCUCGCAGCAGCGGUGGAGGUGUGGGACGGAUCAGUGGUGGCUUUGGCAGCAGGAGCCUCCACAACCUAGGGGCGAGCAAGAGGAUUUCCAUGAGUGGAGGGUAUUGUUCUGCUAGAAUGGGACACAGUUAUGGGUCAGGUCAUGGUGGGGUGGCAUAUAGAGUUGGUGGAGCUGGGUUUGGAGAAGGAUGUGGCCCUGGACGUAUUCACGAGGUCACGGUCAACCAACACCUCUUGGUACCUCUUAACUUGGAGAUUGACCCCACCAUGCAGAGAGUGCGGCAGGAGGAGAAGGAUCAGAUCAAAUCCCUCAACAACAAAUUCGCCUCCUUCAUCGACAAGGUGCGGUUCCUGGAGCAACAAAAUAAAGUACUGGAGACCAAAUGGAGCCUCCUGAGAGACCAAAAAAUUGUGAAAAGCAACCUUGAACCUAUGUUUGAUGCGUACAUCAGCAACAUGAGGAGGCAGCUCGACACCCUGGGAGGGGACAGGCUGCGGCUCAGCUCAGAGCUGAAGGCGAUGCAGGAUGCUGUUGAAGACUUCAAGAUCAGGUACGAAGAGGAGAUCAACAAGCGCACCACUGCAGAGAACGACUUCGUUUUGCUCAAGAAGGAUGCAGAUGCUGCCUACGUGAACAAGGUGGACCUAGGGACCAAGGUGGAUGUGUUGAACGAGGAGAUUAGCUUCCUGCGAGCCCUCUACGAAGCAGAGCUGUCUCAGAUGCAGACCCAGAUCUCUGACACCUCCGUGGUCUUGUCCAUGGACAACAACCGAAACCUGGACCUGGACAGCAUCAUCGCGGAGGUCAAAGCCCAGUACGAGGACAUCGCCAACCGGAGCCGGGCAGAGGCUGAGGCUUGGUACCAGAGCAAGUAUGAGGAGCUGCAGCUCACGGCUGGCCAGCACGGGGACGACCUCCACAACACCAAGAUGCAGAUUUCGGAGAUGAACCGCACAAUCCAGUGGCUCCACUCGGAAAUUGACUGCGUAAAGAAACAGUGUGCCAGUUUGUAGACGGCCAUUGUGGAUGCUGAGCAGCGUGGGGAGAUGGCCCUCAAGGAUGCCAAGGCCAAGCUGGCCGAGCUGGAAGAUGCUCUGCAGAAAGCCAAGGCUGACCUGGCCCGGCAGCUCCGCGAGUAUCAGGAGCUGAUGAACAUCAAGCUGGCCCUGGACAUCGAGAUCGCGACCUACAGGAAGCUGCUGGAGGGCGAGGAGAGUAGGCUCUCUGGAGAAGGCGUUGGUGCAGUGAAUAUUUCUGUGGUCUCAUCCGGGAGCAGCUACGGAGGUGGGAACAUGCUAGGACCAGGCUUUAGCAACAGGCUUGGCGCGGGGGGAAUUGGCGUCAGCUCCGGCAACGGGAGCUGCCUGGCUGGGAGAUUCAGCUCCAACAUGGGAAGCAGCUCAAGUUAUGAGGAACCAAGAGAAACCACCGGCAAACACCACAGCAGCUUGCGUAACGCAAAGAACGAAAUCAUGAAGCUGAAUCGGGCAACUCCGUGGAAACUCCAAAGCCCAG